GGUGAGAGUGAACAUGACGGCCCGUUCUGUGCGACCCCUGUCCGGAGCCCUGAAGACCGUGUUCAACAACCGGUUGGCCAGGGUUUUUGCUUCAGCUACAUGCAAUCAGAGACACAAGUCCACUUACAGUACCAUACCUCCACCAGCACGGUACGGAGGCAGGCACACUGUGACUCUGAUUCCCGGAGAUGGCAUCGGACCAGAGCUGGCCAACCAUGUGCGCGAACUAUUCCGGUUCUGCUGCGUGCCAGUGGACUUUGAAGUUGUCAAUGUGGACUCAUCUAUGGCCUCAGAAGAUGACAUCAAUAAUGCCAUCAUGGCGAUCAGACGCAAUGGAGUUGCACUGAAAGGUAACAUCGAGACCAACCACAACUUGCCACCAUCCUACAAGUCCAGAAACAACCUGCUCCGCACCACCCUGGAUCUGUACGCCAAUGUGAUGCACUGCCAGUCUCUACCAGGAGUGAGGACGCGCCACAGAAACAUCGACAUCAUGAUCAUCAGAGAGAACACGGAGGGAGAGUACAGCAGCCUGGAGCACGAGAAUGUACCCGGCGUUGUUGAAUGUCUGAAGAUCAUCACAAAGACCAAAUCUUUACGCAUCGCGGACUAUGCGUUCAGGACUGCUCGGGCCACAGGACGCCGACGAGUCACCGCUGUACACAAAGCUAACAUCAUGAAGUUGGGUGACGGCCUCUUCCUGGAGUGCUGUAAGGAGGUUGCCAGCGGAUACCCUGAGAUCACUUUCGACAGCAUGAUUGUGGACAACACUACUAUGCAGCUGGUUUCCAGGCCGCAGCAGUUCGAUGUCAUGGUCAUGCCCAACCUGUAUGGCAACGUCGUGAGCAACGUGUGCGCCGGGCUGGUUGGUGGACCGGGUCUGGUGCCUGGAGCCAACUACGGAGAGGACUACGCUGUGUUUGAGACGGGCACCAGGAACACCGGGAAGAGCAUCGCCAACCGCAACACAGCAAACCCCACGGCCAUGCUGCUGGCCUCCUGCCUGCUGCUGGAUCACCUGAAGCUCCACGCCUACGCCGGCAUGAUCCGCAGAGCCAUCCUCUCCACGGUCACCGAGACUCGGCUGCACACUGCUGACCUGGGAGGCCAAGGCUCCACCUCUGAAGUGGUGCAGUCCAUCAUGAAUGCUGUGCAGAGCACCGGACCCCGCACUCUGAGCAUCUAGAACAAGCACACAUAAAUAUGCAGACUCUCACAGCAGAGAUGUGUAUGUGAGUGUGCCUCUCUUCAGUCUAUGCAAUUUCAUGAAAAUAACCGAGUUGUUUGAUAGUAAUACUGAAGUGAAACUGUAUACACAGUUUGUAUGUCUAUGCAACAGUUUUCUUCUUAACAUAGAUUGUUUCCUUACCCUUCAAACUGUUACAGGUUGUUCGAGCACUUUGUUUGCAUCUUUACUUUAUCAUCACACUGUUUAACGUAUGAAACACUACACCUCGUUGACUUACACCCGAACUCUUUCCAUGUUUAUCAAGUGAAAACACUUUUUCUUCAUGUAUUGGAAAUGUAGCUUAUUUUAAACCAAUCACAGCUGUCGUUUGUUUAAACCAAUCACAGCUGUCGUUUGUCCCACGGCUGAAUGUACUGGGCAAAAU